AUCAUUUGAGGAUGCAUAUUUAAAAUAAUGAUAAUGAUGAAACAGUUAAUGCAGUUGAGUUUACUAUAAAAAGGCGAAUUCACUGAACAGAUGAUAUCAAUCACUUGCCAACGUUUAGUCAAGAAGCAACCAACCAAAACUCAUCAAAAAUGUUCAAAUACGCCGUUGUACUUUUCGCCCUCAUCGCUUGCGCUGCUGCCAAACCCCAUUUCCUUGCCGCCGCUCCAUUGGCUUACGCUGCUCCCGCCGCUGUUGUCGCCGCUCCAGCUCCCGUUGUGACCGCCACCAGCAGCCAAGUGAUCGCCCGCAAUUACAAUGGUAUCGCCGCUGCUCCAAUUGUCGCCGCCGCCCCAGUAGCCGCUCCCGUUGUUGCCCGUUAUGCCGCUGCUGCUCCUCUGGCCGCUCCAUUAGUGUCUGCCCACUACGCUGCCGCUCCUUUGGCUGCUCCAGUGCUCUCCCACUAUGCUGCGCCCCAACUUUUGUGGUGAAAAGUGUACUGAACCUGUGAUAACUAAACGAAAUAAAUAUUUAUUAUUAGUUCGAAACAAA